CACCAGUCGACCGGAGCAGGGGGAGACUGCGCACACACACACAUGUUUCUAUCACUGACACACUCAUAAAGAAUGUGCAGAUGAUCAUCCCCUGGUGACUCAACGCUGCUUCUCCUUCCUUUAUUCGCGAGCAGCUUCCUCCGCUCGCCUUGAUAUGGGAUGAUAUGGGAUUUUACAUGUCGACGCAGAUCGGAGGGAUUCUUGCGUUUGCUCUGGUGUUCCUGUCCGUCUCGGUGUCAGGAGACUCAGCAGAUGUCAAGUGCGAAAAGGUUUACAGGGAUUUUUCCUACUGUGUCCUGGAGCUGGGAGAGAGCAUGGACAACUAUCAGGAGAACGUGACCAGUGAGAGUGGAGUGGCGGCCGUGUGCAGCCACUGGGAAGCUUUCCACACAUGUGCCCUCACAGCGCUGUCCGACUGUCAGGAGGAAGUCAGCUCCAUCUGGGAGACGCUGAGGCAGGACUCCAGGAAGAUGCGCUUCCAGGGAAGUCUGUUCGACCUGUGUAGCCCCAGCUCCGCUCCCAGCAUAUGUCCAAAUCUCGCGGCACUUACACUGCCGCUGAUGCUGAUCGUGACUGGGACCAGCUGGCCCACUGUAUAGAUGGGGUCGGGGGUGAGGGUGAGGGUGAGGGAGAGGGAAGGAGGGCCUCACAUUCCCCCUGGGAAACUUAAAGCCAAGGAUUUAAGAGAGACAAAUGUUUUAACGAGGAUUAUUUUGACACAAAGCCACGGACGCCUGUGGCAAGCCAAUCAAUAUUUGCUGUGAUGAAUAAUGUUUGAAAUCCGCUCAAAUACUUCAGCUUGAUCUCCACUUAUGUCUAGACGCUGGUGCAGUAGUGGAGAAAAUUACAUUCCUGCCAAUUUAUCAGUCCAGGCACACGAAAGCAAACACUCCAAGUACUGUAGGGAUUUUACAUUCAAUGAAAACCAGAGUCAGACACCUGUGGCUCUGGGUUAACACCACACAAUAAUGUGGAAACCUUUAUCACCUAAAGAAGAACAGAAAUGCAAUACUGUAAGUGUGAAGAUUAUACCGUGCAGUUUUUUAAACCAACAUUAUGAAAAGUUUUAGAGGCAUCAAAAUGAGUUUGAUGGUACUUUGACUUGGAGUAGAGAGAAUGGUGUCGCUUUCAUUCCCGCUCCUCAACCUGAACGUGUGUUCUUGCUCUAUGUAACUUUGGUGAUCAGGUUUGAUCACCCAUGAGAAGUGUGCUGACUGAAAGUCACUUAAGUCAUUAAAACAGUGUUUAUCUCAAAUAUUCAGCGAGGAAACUUUAAAAAAUAUGAGGAAUCUAAACAGAGUUUGGUGCUUUCAAGAAGCCGGGGAUCAUGGGUAACGUCCACUGUUCGGUUGUGUUUCAGUUCAGUGAGUGACAGGACAUAAUCAGAGCUCCUCAUAGGCUUUGAUUUGUUUUGUCUACAUGAAAACCAUUUAACUCGCUGGAGCACAACAGAAUUAAUCACAUGUGGCUGAAGAGGGCGCUGUUGCUCAAUGAGAGUUACAUAGUGUUGCUUUAACACUGAGGUCGUUUCUAAAGAAGUAUUUGUUGAUUACUAGUUCAUUUUAUUACAGUGCUGGUGUCCUGUGAAUGUGCUUUAUGGUUUUAUCCCAACAGAUAAAGUAAUAGUUCAUCAUUUUGGGAGUUAGCUGAGAACAUAUACACCGCUGUCACAUAUCUACUUUAAACAUUAGUUAAUGCCAGAAGGCAAAUAAACUUUUGUCGAGUAUGAAAAUGAGAGAUAGAAUGUUAAUUAGUAAGUGUUAAGGCUUUUGAAGGCAGACAUUAUGAUCUGUGGAGGAAGCUAACAGUUUUAGUAUGAGAGAUUUAGCAACUGUCUCGUCAAAUUCUCUGCGAAAAAGCAAAUAAGAUAUUUCUCAACAUUGCUUUAGUCUCACUACAGUGUUAAAAUGUGGAGACAGCCAGUCUAUAAAGAUGUUAUGAGCUAACACACUACAGGGAAACAUUUAAAGGGACACUCCACCCAAAAACAGCAAAAAUCACAAAACUGUAUUCAUUUGUUGUUGGUGUAAAAAAAAGAAAUCACACAUCAUUGUGAGAGAAUGAUGCCAAAGUUAGCAACAACAAUGUUCAGGUACAUAAUACGUGGAAUGUCCCUUGAACAGGUUUUCAGUUGCAGUGCACAUGUAUGUAAGUGACAAUCAAGCCCCUUGUUUGAAACCUUUGACCCCUUCUCCCCAUCCACAUGUCAGCCCACUGUGGCUGAUGUGGCACGGCUGCUAUAAGACACCAAAAACCCACGUCUGACACCAGACGACACACGUUCACUCCUCCAGCUCCUCCCUCUCUCGCUCAGAGCCUCACCCCACAUGUCGGUUCACUCUUACGAUCGAUCAUCGAACUCCUGACCUGCUGAUGUUUGUGAAAAAAGGAAAAUAUGGAGCGUGAAUGUUCAGUGUUUUUUAUUAUCUUUUGUUGAAAACUUCUCACCUGCAUUAAACACAAUAUUAGCAGAUCUUUACCUCGGAUUACUGCAAAAACACAGUAUGUUAAACAGUAUGCAGAUAGAAUCCACCACUGUGUUGUCUAUCACAGAGAUUAGAUUUUCAAAGAAGACUCUGUAUAAUUCAGCAAAAUUAUGAUUAAAUUAUCAUAUUUUAAUAUUCAUGCACUGUAUUUACUUAAAUUUGUGCACCUAUAAUUAACUUCUAAUGAAUUCAAAUUGUAUGCAAUAGCAAAAUAGCAGCUGCCAUAAUAGAAUGUUUUUCAAAACCAUACAAUUGGUUUUGUAUUCGUGGUAUUUUGAUUAAUCAUCUAUCUAAUUAAUGAAUUUCUCAAAAAAUGACUCCACACUGCUUCAUUUAUCUGUGUCAUGUUUUUAAUUUGGUGAAACUUGGGCUUGAUUUUACUACAAACCCACAAACUGCAAAAGCAGCAAAGAGAAAGAACAGUGUGGAGGGUCUCAUAGAAAGAAAAAGGACAGUAGGUGCUGAGGUUAGUAACAAUGUAACUGGCAUCACCCACCACCGAUUAGACUAAUCUCUCAAAUAAACACCGUUUGCACAAAUAGUUGUAAUGGUCCAUAUGAAAUUAGUAUUUAGGAAAUGUGUGACACAUCUUCUCAUGUGGCAGUAGUCACUGAGAUUUAGAGCAAAUAAAAAAUUGAUAAGCAAUAGCAUUCAUCUUUGUUUCUUCAAAACUGUCACCACUUGCACAUUUAUUUUAGUUGUCCUAGGCAUAAUCAAAAUAAAGAUAAGUUCCGUGAUCCUGAAUAUUAUUCGUCACCUAUUUUUAUCAAAAAUGCAUGAGAGUUUUUGUGGCGGUUCUUUCCUCGGACACGGCGUACAGUGGUAUUGAUCAGUGCAUGAAGUUACGCUAGCUCCUCAGUGUAUCUGCAUUCUUUCUUAUGCACAUUCAUCAGCCGCCCACCCCCACACCCAUUACAUUGGCAUGUUUGUUCUAGUUGUUUUUUUAAUUUCAUGUUUCACAAGUGGUAGCAUUAUUAUCAUUCAUUGUGUAUCUGGUGGUGAGAAUACAAAACCAGUUGUGGUGUCCUCCGAGCAUGAGCAAUAUGUACGGUCCGUUCUUUAAAGAGGACUCUUUAUUAUCUUUAUAUGCUGUUUAAGAAAGCAUGAAAAUGACCGUGUUAUCAUGAGCAUUACACAAUAAUUCUCCCUGAAGUCAGUUUAAACAUGGAGAGAACUUUUGAAUGUAAAAUCAAGUCAGUACCUAUGUGAUGUUUUUCAGUUGACUGAUAGAAAAGCAUACCAUUUACAAACUGUAUAAAGCAAUAUAUGGCAAAGUAAUGUUUGUAAUAAUAAAGCACCAUGUUUAAAAUAUUAUGC